GGUCUCUCCAUCCUCUCAGCAGUAGCAGCUUCAUGGGGACACACUGAGCCCGCCGCACUUUACACCGUUCCAGUACUGCUGCUGAUCCCCGGCCACUGCCGCUCUGCUGCCGCUAGUUUUCAUGACUUUGUGGCGCCGCAAACUUUCUCCGGAGUGGAAUAUAAAACCUCCUAAAUCAAUGGAUUAGCACCGAGCGCGUAGGAUUAUCAAUACUGCAGUGAAGCUCUUUUCAUUUUUUAUUUUAUUAGAUGUUCAUGAGGACUCUGUCUAUGUCUUCAGUUGGAUGAUGGCUCAGGCAGUCUCUGUCAUUCCACUGUUUGGCAUUAUUCUGAAAAUCAGUUGCGUUGCUGCCAUCGAACUGCGGUUUAUGCCUGAUCCACCAAUGCUGAACAUCUAUGGCAUUCACAGGAUGAACAGAUCUGACAACCUGGAACUGACAUGCAGAGGCCGUCAGUACCUGAGGUGGACGACCCCUCCUACGAGCUCUCGCUUCUCCACCAGUGACUGCAGCGGAUCGGGACUCUUCUGCACAACACUGCACAUCUCCAACGCCACUGUCAAUGAAACCGGGCAGUACCAGUGCUCCUACAGAGACCUGAAAGUCGAAGAUGGCAAGACUUCAGCAGCCGCUUAUGUGUUUGUUCGCGAUGACAAGGUGCCGUUUGUGCCGUCUGAGAAAGAAUACGAGGUGGUGUUCACCCGGGAGGGAGAGCGGGUGGUCAUACCAUGCCGAGGCUCGGUGGAGAAUCUCAACGUUACGCUCCACACUAAGUAUCCAAAUAAGGAGCUUCAUCCCGAUGGGAAGGACUCUCUGUGGGACGCCAGGACGGGUUUCACCAUUCACAGUCAUCUGAUCAGCUACGCUGGCGUCGUGUCCUGCCAGACCCGGAUUGGAAAUGAGACGUUCAAGUCCCCUCUCUACAUUGUUGCUGUUGUCGGAUACAAGAUCUAUGAACUCACCCUGACCCCCGCGCAUAUGAGGCUGUCUGUGGGGGAGCUGCUGGUGCUCAGCUGCACUGCCAAAACCGAGCUCAACGUGGGCAUCGAAUUCAACUGGACGCACUCCGGCCGGGCCCUGACCUCGGUGAACGGUUCGAAGACGAGCCACUCAACACCCCACAAGAAGAAGCUGUGGAACUCCCUGGAGCUGUCCAACACACUCAUAGUGGAGAACGUGACAGUGGAUCACACCGGAGAAUUCACCUGCACUGCAUCCAGUGGGAAGAUGGAGAAAAGUGCCUCAGCAUUUCUCAAAGUGUACGAAAAGCCUUUCAUUGAUAUGAAAGAGCCGUGGACAAAGGUUUCGGAGGUAAAUGUGGGAGAUCAAACAUCUAUCCCUGUCAAGUACUCGGCCUACCCAGAGCCCGACUAUAAAUGGUUAAAAAAUGGCCUGCCGCUGAAGGAUGAUUACAGAAUAAAACAGAAAAGUGAUGCCCUCAUCAUCCGGGGAGUCACAGAAAUGGAUGCAGGGAAUUACACAAUGGUCCUGACCAAUAAGAUUACCAAAGAGGAACAGAGACGCUCUUUCCAGCUGCUCGUCAACGUGCCUCCUCAUAUCAUCGAGAAGGAGGUGGCGGUGGACACUGAUGUGUACCCGUACGGCAGCAGCCCCACCCUAAGGUGCACAGCCCGUGGAUUUCCCACACCUGCACACAUCCACUGGCAGUGGAUGUCUAAAGAGGACUGUCCAAAGGCCUUCCUGUCAGGGCUGGUAAAGUCUGAGGUACAGCUGGCCGAGUGUACAGGUUGGAGAGAUAUCAGCAAUAGCACCGGUCACAAGCCUGUAGAGCGAAUUCUGAUUGACGCUGGGCACGCCCAAAAGAAAAUCGCCAGCUCUUUGAAGAUUCAGAAAGCUGAGGCCCACGCCCUCUACAGAUGCAUGGCUGCCAACAAAGUAGGAGAGGAUUCACGCGUCAUCUUUUUCCACGUCACACGUGGCCUUGAGGUGAGCGUGUCUCCAUCCACUGAGCCCUUAGAGGAGGACCAUGUGGUUCUGCGGUGUAAGGCCGACAGGCUGAUCUACGGCAACCUCGCCUGGUUCCGUGUGACUAACGUCUCCGAGUCGGAGCAUUUUGCGCCGGUACAGCCCUGUCGCUCCCUCGCACUGUCGCACGUCGUGCAGUCUAGCCUGAAGGGCGCUAACGUCGCCCUGGAGCUGUCGCUGGCCAACGCGUCCCGUCAGGAUGAGGGUCUGUAUGCCUGUCAGGUGGAAAACAUCAAGACUCAGGAGAGAACUUGUCUGCUACGCCGUCUUUCUCUCAAAAGUCUUGAGGCAGCAAGGAUCCUUAAUAAUUUAACCGAUCAGAAAGUUAACGUGAGUGCAACCAUCAGUCUCCUCUGUGAUGCUGCCGGGACGCCGAAGCCGACGGUGGUGUGGACCAAGAACAACCACACUGUGGUGGAGGGCUCAGGUGUGAUUCUCAGUCAGCACAACCACAUCCUGACAAUCCAGCGUGUGAAGAAGGAGGACAGCGGUCUAUACACAUGCAGUGCAUGUAACAGCCGUGGCUGUGACACCUCACAGGCCUAUUUGACUACUGAAGGUGCAGAGGAAAAGACUAAUGUGGAACUGAUUGUUCCUAUAGGCUCAGUGGUCAUCGCCAUGUUUUUCUGGUUACUGAUCGUUUUUGUCAUCCGUGGAAGAAAGAGACCAAGUGGUGGGGAUCUGAAGACGGGCUACCUGUCCAUGAUCCUGGACUCUGAGGACAUUCCCAUGGACGAGCAAUGUGAAAGGCUCACUUAUGAUGCUAACAAAUGGGAGUUCCCUCGGGAUAGGCUGAAGCUGGGUGACCCGCUGGGACGAGGAGCAUUUGGUCAGGUGGUAGAAGCGGCCGCCUUUGGCAUAGAGAAAGCAACCACGUGCACCACUGUGGCAGUCAAGAUGCUUAAGGAGGGAGCCACGUCGAGUGAGUACCGCGCAUUGAUGUCAGAGCUUAAAAUUCUCAUUCAUAUAGGACAUCAUCUCAAUGUUGUCAACCUGCUGGGAGCCUGUACGAAGCCUGGAGGGCCACUGAUGGUGAUUGUGGAGUAUUGUAAACACGGAAACCUCUCCAGCUACCUGAAAAGCAAGCGCGGAGAGUACAGCCCCUACAAGAGGAAGCGGUUGAACAGCCAGAAGUGGGCGUCUGCAGAGGAGGAUGUGACCGAAGGGGAUCUGGGUCUGGGGAAGUUCGCUCAGCUGGACAUCUGCACAGGAACGGCUGUCUGCUCCACAGCUGGAGACAGGUCUUCAGGCAGCAACGUGGACAUGCAGGAAGAGAGCUCAGACGAUGACCAUCUGACCAUGGAGGACCUGAUAUGCUACAGCUUCCAGGUGGCCAAAGGCAUGGAGUUUCUCUCCUCCCGCAAGUGCAUCCACAGAGAUCUAGCAGCCAGAAACAUCCUGCUUUCAGAGAACAAUGUGGUGAAGAUCUGCGACUUCGGCCUCGCUCGAGAUGUCUACAAAGACCCUGACUACGUCCGCAAGGGAGAUGCCCGUCUCCCUCUAAAGUGGAUGGCUCCCGAGACCAUCUUCGAUCGGGUGUACACCACACAAAGUGAUGUUUGGUCCUUUGGGGUUCUUCUCUGGGAGAUCUUUUCUCUGGGGGCUUCUCCUUAUCCGGGUGUUUGCAUCGACGAGUUAUUCUGCAGGAGACUGAAGGAAGGCACCAGGAUGAGACCCCCAGAAUACGCCACCACUGAGAUAUACCAGACCAUGUUGGACUGCUGGCUGGAUCGUCCCACAGACAGGCCAACAUUCGCAGAGCUGGUUGAACAUCUGGGCAACCUGCUGCAGGCCAGCGCUCAACAGGAUGGGAAGGACUACAUCCCUCUGACAGCAGGCAGCGAGGCAGAAGGAUCUCCAGUGACCCCUGACCCCAGGAGCCCCUACAGCAGGCCGCAAAGUGGGGAAGUCCUGGAGGCUCAGCUGCACUAUGACAAACCGCCGUCCCUUGGGCUGUCCCAACAGAGUGAGCGGGGCAGUCGGCCCCUCAGUGUGAAGAUGUUUGAGGACAUCCCGGUGGCGCGCAGCAGUGUCAUGGAGGGCCACACAGACAGUGGUAUGGGCUUCUCACCAGAGGAGGUAAAGGGUUUGAAUCAACAGCUGCCAACUACACCCAGCUUCAGCCAGCUGCUGCGCUGUAAGAGUAAAGAGUCCCUGGCCUCGGAGUCAUCCAAUCAGACGAGCGGAUACCAGUCGGGGUACCACUCUGACGACACGGACACCCCAAUCUACGCCAACGAGGAGAUGAUCAUGAAGCACAAGAUGCUGAAGAAGCCUCCGCUGCCCAAGACGCCUGACAAAUUCAACAUGGAGAUCCGCUACAGCACGCCGCCUGUCUGAGCCCAGCAACGCAGCCCUGAGUCUUUUCACUGUACAGUUUCUUUCCCUUCCACAGUUAUUACACUUUAGGAACAUGUUGAGGUAUUUUUUUUCUUUCUUACGAGAGAUAACUUGAUAAGUCAGCUGGAACAAAAUGAUGGUUGUAUGAUAAGUUUGUAAGCAUAGCUCUCUUUGGACCGCCGGAGGAAUGCUUUUGUGUUUCCUCAGCGAGUAAAAGGUCUGGGGAGCUGAGACACGACCACACGCCUACUUCCUGAGGCGCAAUACACUUACACCACUUCCUCUAUUGCAGGAAAUGACAUCUGGAAGUUUUAGAAAAUGGAAUCUGCACAUGUUGUCAUUUCUUUCUUUCUUUCUUUAUUUCUUUUUUUCAUUCUCUACUUAUUUUGUAUUGUGUUGGCACAGUAAAUGUCUGGUAAGGAGGCAGUUCUCUCAGAUGAAUCAGAACAAUGUUUCUGUAGAGUCACAUUUGUACAGUUCCUUUAUGCAUAUAUAUAUAACUUACAGUAUUUUAUUGAAAGUGUAUAACUAAACCGGCAAUAAAUGUAACUAGUUUUAUAAAAUAAAAAAAUACUCAUUCAGUUUAAGACA